GAAAGACGUGAAUGGCUGUGUGUUUUGUUCAUUGUCCUGAUUUUUUAGAAGAAAAACAUCUUAGAAUUUAGUUUUUUAACAGAAAUUCUGACGGUGGUGUGAUGGUGAAUACUCGUCGUACGGAGUCAAUUGGCUCAACGCCAGACUUCAACACACAGCAUCGUCCAGGGAAAACAGCAGCUGAAGAUUCAGACUCUUCCAGUGUUAGCGAAAGUGAAGAUUCCCAAAGUGAGGACGCUUCAUGGGAAUCACAAGGCAAGAGAAAGACCCAUUCCAAGAAGGAUCCGGCGUUGGGACUUGGAGUCAGAGAAUUACGAAGUAGAUUUGUCUAUAGCGAGAGAAAAUAUUCUUCCAGCUUACGCAGCGAAAAUUUAAAUACGCGUAAACGAAUUGCACUUGAUGAGAGACAUUCUCUUACAGUCUAUUCAUCAAGGAAUAUGCACAAUGAUUCAGAUAUGUACAAUGGAAAUGAUUCGGAUGAUGACAUGUAUUCACGAAAGCGGCGACGAUCACGUCACUUAAGGUCACAUUUGGACAGGAUCGAACGUAGAACCGCGCUGUCGCUUCGCCCAAUCAGCCAAAAAUGCUAUGCGGAUUCCCUCUCCGACACAGAACUGAGACGCAGCAAGCGGCAGCGUAAAAACAUGUCAUGGCUUGCCGACGAUCAAAUGCACAAAAUGGGUUAUCCUAACUUGAACACUCCUGGAUAUUCGGAAGAAGACAGUCGCGACGCUCCAGACGUUCGCAUAGAAGAACCUAGCAGAAGCACUCGUCAUUCGAGCGAUGUAAAUAGCAGUAAACGUAGAGAAAUAAAAAGUCCCAAGUAUCUAUUCAACUACGAAACAAAUGAAGUGCCACCACGAAGACGAAGAAGCGAGCUGACUCUCCGUUCGAGUGAACGCAACCAGAAAGAACUACGGAGUAGGCGAGAAUCGAACGACAAAGAAAAUAAUGAAGAAACCAGUAUCAAUGGACGAUCGUCACAUAAUAGGUCGUCAAAAAGAACAAAUGAGGUUGUCGAGGAGGAUAGUGAAAAGAAAAGUGAUGAUACUGUCGAAGACGACUCCAAUGAUAGUGCCAAGGUACAAGAAAAUGGAGUUGAAACGAAUCAAGAAGCGGCAAAAGUCGGCACUAAUAAUGAAGAAAAUAAAUCGUCAGAGAGUGAUAUUCCAAAAAUGCGUACAAAACCGAAGCCAUCAAACACUAUUAUUAUUAAUCGGAAUUUUUCGCGGAGGCCUAAGAAUCGAAAGCGGUUUGAUAGUUCAAGUUCAGAAUCUGAAGGCGCUAAAAAGGGGUACUCGCUUAGAACCCGGCAACCUAAACCUCCACCAAUGAAACAUUCAACUUUGCAUUCACACGAACUUCCAAGAAACAGGAAACGGUUCACUCGACGAAGGAAAGUGUCAUCGUCGAGUUCGAGUUCGUCAUCAGAUGCAGACAUGCGACAUAGUAAAACCCCUAAAAAUCAACAUUCCAAAAGUGAGCAAAAAAUGAAAUCAGGUGCUGGUGGUAGUAAAAUUAUACCAAUCGGGCCUGAAACUUUAGAUACUAAGGUUAGGUUUAGUUGUAUAGGAGGUUUAGAUGGUCACAUUCAGUGUCUAAAAGAGAUGAUUUUACUGCCCAUGAUGUAUCCCGAAGUGUUCAGACAAUUCCAAAUACAGCCACCGAGAGGUGUUCUUUUUCAUGGGCCUCCAGGUACUGGCAAAACUCUAAUCGCGCGUGCUCUGGCCAAUGAGUGCAGUUUUGGCUGCCGAAAGGUGUCGUUUUUUAUGCGGAAAGGUGCAGAUUUGCUCAGUAAAUGGAUAGGUGAAUCAGAAAAACAACUACGACUGCUUUUUGAACAAGCCGCUGAGUUACACCCUUCCAUUAUUUUUUUCGAUGAGUUAGACGGCUUAGCUCCAGUGAGAUCCUCCAGACAGGACCAGGUCCAUGCUAGUAUUGUUUCAACGUUGCUCGCAUUGAUGGACGGUCUGGAUAAUCGUGGCGAAGUUAUAGUAAUAGGAGCGACGAAUCGAAUAGAUGCCAUCGAUCCGGCUCUCAGGAGGCCAGGAAGAUUCGAUCGGGAGCUGUUUUUUCCACUUCCCGCCAAACAAGAACGUGAAUCCAUCUUGAAAGUGCACGUAUCGCAGUGGUCCUCUCCGCCAAGUGAGGAACUCUUAUCAUAUUUGGCAGAAACGGCUGUCGGUUAUUGUGGCUCCGAUUUGAGAGCUUUGUGUUCUGAAGCAGUCAUUCAAGGGUUUAGACGGACAUAUCCCCAAGUUUACAAUGCUGACUAUCGACUAAUGUUAAAUCCAGAGAACGUUAAAGUCGAAAAGAUCGAUUUUUUAAGGGCGAAAUCUCUCCUCGUACCUGCCUCGCAUAGGGUUACUCAAGGCCUAGGACGAAAACUUUUAUUAAUUUUGGAACCUUUGUUGAGUGAGGCCGUUAAAAACGUUUUUAAAAUGCUUGAACAGACCUUUCCACAUGCUUUGAAUCCUGCUCUUUCAAAGGUGAAAUUAUCGCCUAAUUUAAGGCCAGCACAGCUUCUUCUCUUAGGGGAAACUCCCGAUUGUGGUCAAACAUCGCAUUUGGCGCCUGCUAUACUGUACAAAAUGGAACACAUUCAUGCCUAUAUUCUGGAUUUGGCGACUUUAUAUAAAGAAACGGGUCGUUCAGCUGAAGAAACCUGUAUUCAAGUAUUUAAUGAAGCGCGACGAAAUGUUCCAAGUGUGAUUUAUAUUCCAAAUAUCGAUAAUUGGUGGGUUCUCGUUAGCGAAACUGUGAAAGCUAUUUUGGAUUCACAGUUGUCGCAAAUGGACCCCAAUAUCCCAAUUUUAUUACUGGCAACGGCCGAAUCAACCUACGAUAAUUUACCUGACGAAAUUCAAAAUAUAUUCUCCCGCUACCGAAAGGAAGUUUACCAGCUGGAUUUACCAAAUGAUGCUAGCCGUGAAGCAUUUUUCAAACCUUUACUGAUCGAUUUGUGUCUGAAACCACAUCGACCACCGAGAAAAAGACCAAAGACGCCCCCACCUCUUCCGAGAGCUCGUACUCCUCCACCCACACCAUUAACUGAAGAACAGUCGAAAAAAUUAUAUGAACAAGAGGAACACACUCUCAGGGAGCUUAGGAUAUUUCUAAGAGAUAUUUGUAAAAAAUUAGCCAAUAACAAAUUGUUCUUCAUGUUUACCAAACCAGUUGACACUGAGGAAGUGCCUGAUUAUCCUACCAUUAUCAAACAACCGAUGGAUUUGGAGACGAUGAUGACCAAAGUCGAUUUUCAUCGAUAUGAAUGUGCCAAAGAUUUUCUGAAGGAUAUCGAGCUUAUUGUUCAGAACGCCCUCGAGUAUAAUCCAGCCAAAUCUUCAUUUUUUAGAACGUCGGCAGACAAGCAAAUAAGACAUAGAGCUUGCUCGCUUCGUGAUUACGCCUAUACUUUGAUCAAGAACGAAAUGGACAGCGAUUUUGAGGACAAAUGCCAAGACAUCGCUUUAAAAAGACAAGUGAGAAAAGCGAGCGUUCAGAAAUAUCUACCAGCAUACAUUCAAACACCAGAUGAUUUGAAUCUCGUUGCAAAAGCGGAAGAACCUGCAGAGAAAAAAACUGAAGAAGCUGAGGAAAAUAAUCCACCAAGUCAAGACGUAAAAGUAUCCGAGAAACCAAAGACCGAAGAAAAAAAUGAAAGUACGAGUAGUACAAUCAAGCUUAGUACUACAAAAAAACGUAGAUCUCAAAACACUUGGCAAAGGGGUUAUGUUAAAAAGAGGAAACGGACGAGUAAAACAUCUGAAGGUUUGCAACAAGAGGGUGAUAAAAAAGAUUCAUCAGAUGAUUCAAAGGAUGUUACUGUUACGUCUGAACCGGAUGAUGCGUCUGCUGAAACUGUAAAUGUGGAGCAUACGGCACCGUUAACGAUUAAUUGCAAUGAAUUGUCCCAAAAAGGGAAUGCAGAAUUACAGUCACCAAGGAGGAGGUUAAGUGAUCUCAUGAGUCCGUCGGAACUAUUAGAGAAUCCUUUAGAAUUUGAUGAUAUCGACCAAGCCCUCAAUGAAAAUGUUGAAGAACCUGUCAAUAUGCCACCAGUUGAAUGCUUACAAAAGGACCUCGAGAAGAUUUUAGAGCAGACAGUGCAAAUUACAAGCGGGUGUUCGCUGCAGCCGCUUCUAGAUUUAUAUAAUCAGCUCAGUAGGAUAGUUAAGAAAUUCUCCAACACUCAUCUUAGAACAGACUUACCAAAGGAAUUAGGCGUUGAGUUAAAUAGGUUCAAGAAUGAGGCAAGUUUAGAGUCGGUUAGUGAGAGAAGUCCAUCGUCGAAUCAAUCCACGUAACAUAAUAUUUAUUAUAUCAUGAGCAACACUGCCAGGAUGUUUUAAAAUUUUUAAAUAAGUUUUAAAUUAUGUACCAGUAUUUUUAUUUUGUCUCUAUAUUUAUAUUAAGGGUCUUAUUUAAUGGCGUGGUUACUUAUUAAGUUGAUCAGCUAUUUGUUUUUCCAUACAACCAAAGAGGAAAUGGUAUACCUAAUUGCACUGCCAUGAGGUAAGGCUGAAUACUUUGUUAUUUAAUAAUUCGAAUGUUUCGCAGCUGUUUGUGCAUGUGCCUUCAUAUGGUGAAGUGUCCACAAAAUGAUUUCACGAUUAAUGUUUUAAAUUUCUUCCCAUAAGAUAUCUUAAAUUGUGAUUUAUAUUAAUACGAAGCUGAAGAGAAAAAAUUUAAAUAGUGUUUUUGAUGAAGAACGUAUGUGCAAGUAUACUUUUGGGAAGUAAUUGUGUUGAAUGCAACUAAUUUUUUUGAGGUGUUUUUUAAAUCAUACUGUUUAAUGUAUAGAGCAUAUUUUAUUAUUCAGUUUUCUAUUUCAUAAGGUAUUCACGUCUUUGUAUUAACGUGUUUAUUUUUAGUCCAGAAUUAUUGGAAUUGCGGAAGAGAUUAAAAGUAGGUCUGUUUUUAAAAAUUCGUUCCUUAGUGAAGAUGAACUUUUGAAAAGUCGUGUUUGUCAACAGAACAGUUGUUGAUCAAUGUUACCGAAGAUUUUUAUAUUAAAUUUCGAAUUUUUAGAUCAGGCUCAUUUAAAAUAUUUAUUUUGUUUAUAUUUUUUUGAAAUUCAGUUUUGAUUUUUUUAUAGUUCCAAUCAGUUUACUUAUUUAUUGUUUGUGUCCUAAUUAUUUCUUAAAAAUCUUAGAUUCCACAAUAGGACUUUUAUUACAUUACAUAUUGAUAUGUCUGAGUUGAAAUUCAACUUUGUUUAUAAUAAAUUGUCAGAAAAAUGUUUUUUAAA